AUGAUAACAAAAAAUAUUAAAAAUAUAUUCAGUAGAAUAAAUUUAAUAACUAAUAAAAAUAAGGUAUGCUAUAUAAAUACAAGUGCACUAAAUUUUAAAGUUGUUAAAUGCAAACUCUUUGAUAUAGGAGAAGGAAUAUCAGAAGUAGAAAUAACUCAAUGGAAUAAAAACGAAGGAGAUCAAGUUAAUGAAAUGGAGAGUUUGCUAACAGUUCAAAGUGAUAAGGCAUCUGUAGAUAUAACAAGUAAAUAUAGCGGUGUGCUUAUAAAAAAAUAUGCUAAUGAAAAGGAUUUAAUUAAGGUUGGAUCGUACUUCUGUGAAAUAGAUACUGAAGAUGGAGUAGUUGAAGAAAAAGAAAAUAAUGAAGAAAAAACAAAAAGUGAGGAAAAUGAAGAUGAAGAUGAAGAUGAAAAUAAAAUUCGACUAGAAGAAGACUUAGAUGAUCAAUCAGAUGAAUUAAAUUUAGAAAAUCCUUCAAAUAUUUCAAAUACAAAUACAUUUGAAAGAGAGCAAGAACAAAAAAUUUUUGUUAAAGCUUCACCAGGUGUUAAAAAAAAAGCAAAAGAAUAUAAUUUAGACAUAAAUACAAUAAGCAAAUAUUUUAACAAACAAACUAUAACUAUGGAUGAUGUAGAAAAUUAUUACAAUAGUAGGAAUAAUGUUGAAAAAGUAGAUAACAACUCUGUAGAUAUAUUAGAAGAAGUUCCCUUAAAAGGAAUAAAAUUGGCUAUGUGUAAAAGCAUGAAUGAUUCAUUGAGUAUUCCUUUAUUUCAUUUAAAUGAAAUGUGUAUGGUUGAAAAUUUAUUAAAAAUUAAAAAUGAAUUUAAAAAAAUUUUACAUGAGAAAGAAAAUAUAAAUAUAACAAUAACUUGCAUAAUAAUAAAAUUAAUAUCUAUUGCAUUAAAUGAUUUUCCUAUAUUAAAUUCUAAAUUUGACUCAAAAAAAAAUAGCUAUACCAUUUAUAAAAAUCAUAAUGUAUGUGUAGCAAUGGAUACACCAAAUGGAUUAUUAGUUCCAAAUAUAAAAAAUGUUGAGAAAAAAAAUAUUAUUGAUAUUCAAAAAGAUUUGACACUAUUACGUGAUAAGGCAAUUAAUAUGAAAUUAAGUAAAAGUGAUAUAUCUGAUGGUACUGUAACCAUUAGUAAUUUUGGUGCUAUAUCUGGAUCUUUCGCUACCCCAAUAGUAUUUGAUAACCAAGCAUGUAUAAUAGGAGUAUCUAAAGUUCAGAGACAAUUAUUUUUAAAAAAUGAAAAAAAUGAAUUAAAUUCGUUAAAUGAUAUAAUGGUUUCUGAUACUGUAAAUUUAACAUAUGGAGCUGAUCAUAGAUUUAUAGAUGGAGCAACUUUAGCACAAUUUUCUAAAAAGUUGAAAGGAUUAAUUGAGAACCCUAUUUCUAUAAUACCUUUUUUAAAAUAA